GCGAGUUUUCAUUCAGUUAAUUUUAGGAAGUACAUUGUGGCACAAAAUUCGCUCAAAUGCUACUUAAAAGGAGUUAAUUAUCGCUUUGUGACAGUCAAUUUGGAAGACGAUGAACGAACAAGGCAACUCUGCUACAAAUACAACAACUUCCUAUUCAAAAGACAUUGUAUAGCGUCGGAGUAUCUAAAAGAUACGGACUGGAUGCUCAUCCUAGAUGCUGAUACAGGUGUGGUCAAUCCGAACCACUGCAUUGAAGAAUGGAUAGAUGAUCGUGUGCAUGUUAUUUUAUACGAAAGAUUUUUCAGUUUUGAAAUCUCUGCAGCAAGCUUUAUGGUUCGAAAUUCGGAAAUUGGAAGAAAUUUUCUCAUGCAAUGGGCAGAUAUGGAAUUCACGUUGAAGCAAAAUUACCAUGGGCUAGACAAUGGAGUUUUGCAUCUUCUCGUAUUGCAAACGGUUCUACCUGACGCUCAACAGGCGAGGCGGAACUGCUACGAUGUGUGGCAUGAUUCGAAGACUUUUGAAAACUAUAUGGGAUUUGUGUCGUGCGUUAAGCAGGCACUUGGAGCCACACGGUUAUGGCCGGGAAAAUUACGUCUAUAUAGAAAAGCACAUGGAUGGGUUCGAGAUGGCUUUCUGACCGCUGCUAAGUACGGUAAUUUUAUGCUUUCGGAAGUGAAACAUGUAAAGGAGUCGUGGAGAAUAGUAAUACGGGCAUGGCACGAUGGAGACUUCAUGUUCCAUGGGUGGAAAGGUAACAAUGUUACGGAGGAUGCUUGGGGAUCUCCAUUCAGUGAAUUGCCAGAUCUAAACUUAUGUGGACAUGGAACCGAUGGCUGGCAUUGGAAUAAACAUUUACACGUGGACGCCGACAACAUCAGGAAAGACGUCUGCAACCGAUUGUCGAACGAACGAAGCGCUGCGAAAACGUUUUUCGUCGCAUGGAAAGCAAGUGUUUUCGCUCACCAUGCCGGAUAUAGGCCAAUGCUAUCCGGAUUGUGA